AUGCCCCGCCACCACGCGGGAGGAGAGGAGGGCGGCGCCGCCGGGCUCUGGGUGAAGAGCGGCGCGGCGGCGGCGGCGGCGGCGGGCGGGGGGCGCCUGGGCAGCGGCAUGAAGGAUGUGGAGUCGGGCCGCGGCAGGGUGCUGCUGAACUCGGCGGCCGCCAGGGGCGACGGCCUGCUGCUGCUGGGCACCCGCGCGGCCGCGCUCGGCGGCGGCGGCGGCAGCGGCGGCGGCCUGAGGGAGAGCCGCCGGGGCAAGCAGGGGGCCCGGAUGAGCCUGCUGGGGAAGCCGCUCUCUUACACGAGUAGCCAGAGCUGCCGGCGCAACGUCAAGUACCGGCGGGUGCAGAACUAUUUGUACAACGUGCUGGAGAGACCCCGCGGCUGGGCGUUCGUCUACCACGCGUUCGUUUUUCUCCUUGUCUUUGGUUGCUUGAUUUUGUCAGUGUUUUCUACCAUCCCUGAGCACACAAAGUUGGCCUCAAGUUGUCUCUUGAUUCUGGAGUUCGUGAUGAUUGUCGUCUUUGGUUUGGAGUUCAUCAUUCGAAUCUGGUCUGCAGGUUGCUGCUGUCGGUAUAGAGGAUGGCAAGGAAGAUUAAGGUUUGCCCGAAAGCCCUUCUGUGUUAUAGAUACCAUUGUUCUUAUCGCUUCAAUAGCAGUUGUUUCUGCAAAAACUCAGGGUAAUAUUUUUGCCACGUCCGCACUCAGAAGUCUCCGUUUCCUGCAGAUCCUCCGUAUGGUGCGCAUGGACCGAAGAGGAGGCACUUGGAAAUUGUUAGGUUCAGUGGUUUAUGCUCACAGCAAGGAAUUAAUCACAGCUUGGUACAUAGGAUUUUUGGUUCUCAUUUUUUCAUCUUUCCUUGUCUAUUUGGUGGAAAAGGAUGCCAAUAAAGAGUUUUCUACAUAUGCAGAUGCUCUCUGGUGGGGCACAAUUACAUUGACAACUAUUGGCUAUGGAGACAAAACUCCCCUAACUUGGCUGGGAAGAUUGCUUUCUGCAGGCUUCGCACUCCUUGGCAUUUCUUUCUUUGCACUUCCUGCUGGCAUUCUUGGCUCAGGUUUUGCAUUAAAAGUACAGGAACAGCAUCGCCAGAAACACUUUGAGAAAAGAAGGAACCCAGCUGCCAACCUCAUUCAGUGUGUUUGGCGUAGCUAUGCAGCUGACGAGAAAUCUGUUUCCAUUGCAACCUGGAAGCCACACUUGAAGGCUUUGCACACCUGCAGCCCUACCAAUCAGAAGCUAAGUUUUAAGGAGCGAGUCCGCAUGGCUAGCCCAAGGGGCCAGAGUAUUAAGAGCAGACAAGCUUCGGUAGGUGACAGGAGGUCCCCGAGCACCGACAUCACAGCUGAAGGCAGCCCCACCAAAGUGCAGAAGAGCUGGAGCUUCAAUGACCGAACCCGCUUCCGGCCCUCGCUGCGCCUCAAAAGUUCUCAGCCAAAACCAGUGAUAGACGCUGACACAGCGCUUGGCACUGAUGAUGUAUAUGAUGAAAAAGGAUGCCAGUGUGAUGUAUCAGUAGAAGAUCUAACCCCACCACUUAAAACUGUCAUUCGAGCUAUCAGAAUUAUGAAAUUUCAUGUUGCAAAACGGAAGUUUAAGGAAACAUUACGCCCAUAUGAUGUAAAAGAUGUCAUUGAACAAUAUUCUGCUGGUCAUCUGGACAUGUUGUGUAGAAUUAAAAGCCUUCAAACACGUGUCGAUCAAAUUCUUGGAAAAGGGCAAAUCACAUCAGAUAAGAAGAGCAGAGAAAAAAUAACAGCAGAACACGAGACCACAGAUGACCUCAGUAUGCUUGGCCGGGUGGUCAAGGUCGAAAAACAGGUCCAGUCCAUUGAAUCCAAGCUGGACUGCCUGCUGGACAUCUACCAGCAGGUCCUCCGGAAAGGCUCCGCCUCGGCUCUCGCUUUGGCUUCCUUCCAGAUCCCACCUUUUGAAUGUGAACAGACGUCUGACUAUCAGAGCCCUGUGGAUAGCAAAGAUCUGUCCAGUUCCGCACAAAACAGUGGCUGCUUGACCAGAUCAGCCAGUGCCAACAUCUCACGAGGCCUGCAGUUCAUUCUGACACCAAAUGAGUUCAGUGCUCAGACUUUCUACGCGCUUAGCCCUACUAUGCACAGUCCAGCAACACAGGUGCCAAUGAGUCAAGGCGAUGGCUCCGCAGCAGCGGCCACCAACAUUGCAAACCAAAUAACCAUGGCACCCAAGCCAGCCGCCCCAACAACUUUACAAAUCCCACCUCCUCUCCCAGCCAUCAAGCACCUGCCCAGGCCAGAGACCUUGCACCCAAACCCCGCAGGCCUCCAGGAAGGCAUUUCCGACGUCACCACCUGCCUUGUUGCCUCCAAGGAAAGUGUUCAGAUUGCGCAGUCGACUCUGACCAAGGACCGUUCUCUGAGGAAAAGCUUUGACAUGGGAGGAGAAACUCUGUUGUCUGUCCACCCAACGGUGCCCAAGGACUUGGGCAAAUCUUUAUCCGUACAAAACCUGAUCAGGUCGACGGAGGAACUGAACGUCCAGCUUUCAGGGAGUGAGUCAAGUGGCUCCAGAGGCAGCCAAGAUUUUUACCCCAAAUGGAGGGAAUCCAAAUUGUUUAUAACUGAUGAAGAGGCGGGUCCCGAGGAGACAGAGACAGACACUUUCGACGCCGCGCCACAGCCUGCCAGGGAAGCUGCUUUUGCGGCAGACUCUCUAAGGACUGGAAGAUCACGAUCAUCUCAGAGCAUUUGUAAGGCAGGAGAAAGUACAGACGCCCUCAGCUUGCCUCAUGUCAAACUGAAAUAAGUCCUUUGUUUUCUUUCUAGGCAUAGCAGUUCCUUUAGCCAUACAUAUCAUUGCAUGAACUAUUUUGAAAGCCCGUCAAAAAAGUUGAAAUUGCAAGAAUCAGGAGGAACAUGAAAGGCAGUUUAUAGGCCUGUUAUCUUUUAAUUGCAUGAAAAUGCAUGUUUAGGGAUGGCUGAAAUUCCAAGGUGCAUCAACAUUAACUCAUUCAUUUAGUAAUGUACCUUGAGUUUAAACUCCUGAGAAA